CAUAUGCAGCCCAACAUCAAAUAAAAAUUGACCCAUUGCCUCCUGCUAGUCAUCAUCCUGAACCGAGUGCAUCUUCUCAGCAAUCUCGAUCUCGAAGCCAACAACGAAAAACGACACUCGCACAAAUAAGGGAAAAGUCAUCCUCACCUCAACAAGAAGAACUUGAAAUUCGACAUAGGCAACUGACACCUUAUUAUGUUCGUGAAGAGUCUAGCCAGCAAACAUCCUCUCCUCAAUAUUUACCAACUAUACCUGAAUCACCACAAUUGCAUGAAAGAUUGCAUGAAAGAUUGCAUGAAAGUGGGCCGAUCAUUACGUCCGCUACGGGUGUUAGUCAUGAUGAAUGGUUUAAUUAUAAUGAUAGUCCUGAUCUCACCGGCCAAAAUCCUGAAGAGUUUGAUUCAUAUUCGUAUGAUGCAUCGCAAUCACAAUCUCCCGAAUUUCUGUCAACAAGUUCGCAACCUAUACGAGAUGAAGAACAAAUUGAGAUAGAAUUUCAACCAGAACAACCACAAUUCGUGGAACCUUUAAACAUUGUUAGUGCAAUUGUUCUUAUUCCAGUUUUACAACGAACUAAAGAAUUAAAUACUGAAAUUAAUUCCAGCAACCCGCAGACUUCCGCAUUUACAGUUUUUGAUCGUAAAGCAAAAAAAUUACAAAGAGAUCGAGCUGCUUUAGAUAUUGAAGCUAGUAAACAAGUUGACUAUCUUAAAGAUGAAGUUGCAUAUAGACUUGUGGAUAGAUUGUUGGAUGUUAAGCGAAAGUAUGAUACAAUUGUUGAUUUAGGUUGCGGAUGUGGGCAUGUAGUGAAACAUAUAGAUCAAGAUAUAUCAAAAAAGUUGUUGAUGUGUGAUAUGUCAGUAGAUGAGGAAUUACUUCCAUUCAAGGAGAAUUCUUUGGAGGCUGUAAUUAGUAAUCUUUCAUUACAUUGGGUAAACGAUUUGCCAG